AUGAUCGAGGGAGAUGAUCGUCACGAUAUCCAUUGUGGUCCGGUGAAUGAUGCCAUAUUCCUUUGUUCGCCUCUGCGGCAAGCUGGUCAGAGGCCCAGCAGUACGCACCAGGACGUUGGCAUGGAGGGCUCAGAUCCACCCGGGAAAGAAGCGCCUCGCUUUGCUGCUGCCAGCGAUGACCGUUGCGAGCUCCCGCAGAUUCCGAGUAAACAUCCUCGACGGACUCGGGUCUGGAACGAGGACGAGAGAGUCUGGGAAACGGCGGUCUCCAGCGAUAUUCCUCCUUCCUCGCCGCGUACCUUUGGUCGAUUACGGGUCGAUCCCAACUUUCUUCCGGUGAGAUAUGGCUCACAACCAUCACCCUCGCCAGUUUCUGCCUCGAGCUCAACGACGAGGUCCGUCCCUCCGAUGACGAAGUCCUCACACAAGAUCCUUCAGCUUACGGGCUUCGAUCCUCGAUUCGAGCGAGCCCUGCCAAUAGGGCAUCAGCAGAUUCCCGGAUCACCCUCCUCGCCCCCCUCGCCCCCCUCGCCUAGCUCUCCGACCAGCACAGCCAGUGUAUGGAGUCAGCCCGAAGCUGGGAAUGACGAGCAGGAAGCAUCGCCCAAGAAUUCGAGCAUGUCGGUCGGGCAGUCGAUUAUCCAGUCACCCAAUGGCGAGGGGGAACGACUGACCCCGUCGAUAUACAACAUCUCGGACCGUAGCUCGAGAUCUUCUCGCCAAUCUCGCGAGCCCGUGAAGACCCAGAUGAGCACUGCGCAAGUCUUGACACCACAGCAGCCGGUUCUGGCGCCAGAACAAGAAGAGCUCCGACGCCCAACCUCCCCGUUGACGGGGCCGGCGAACCAUUCAACCGAAGUCCUUGCUCUCCCAGAAAUCCUUGACCAGGAUACCCUCCGUGAGCAGAUGGGUGCCGAAAGGAAACCAGGCAGUGCACACAAACACUCGGUCUCCAAGGCCGCGUCCUCGACUAUUCUCCCCAAGCCCCUGGCUAUACCGCUAAAAUCAAGUUUGAAGGGUAAGGGAAGGGAGAAAGGGAAACCUCAAGACAUAGAUAUCACCAAUCCUCCGAAGAAGGCUUCCUUCUUUCGCAGAUCGGCGAAAGACUCUCUGGAAUGGGAUAUCUACGAUGCGGGCUUCAAAGAGGAUCCGAGUAGAAGCAGGCACCAUACUCCCACUACGCCAGUGAGCCCGAUGUUCAGCAUGGAGUCCGACCACCUGGUCCUCGGUCCGCCCCUGGGAAGCGGCGAGAGCCCGAAAACAAGAGCGAGGAUUUGGGGCACCGGGAAGCAUCCCUUGAAGAGCCCGUUCCCAUUCACCAGGAGCCACCACGAGACAACAGCCAUAGGAGACGGCGACGACGAGGCGGCGGAUACUGUGCAGUCGCCCUCGACGCCCCGUAGCUUCACACGCCGGCUGUCGAACACCAUGAAGCACCUGUCCCCCACAUCGCCAGUCAACAAGAAGAAGGCUGCCUCGGUACCUCCGUCGAGCAAUAAAUACGUGAUUACAAACGGGGCCCGGAGAGCAGAUGGACCAGCCACGCCCCUACCUCCCAAGAACGGCUUGAGCUUCGCGGAGGGCUUGGUGAGGGGCAAGGAGGUGGUCGGGAAAGUGAAGAAGAGUGUCGGCGGUACCAGCAAGGAGGAGAAGAGGAGGGAGAGCUUGAAAAAGCGGAUCGUCGUCGUGGGGAUUACUGACCAGAGCCCUGGACUAGGCCUGUUCCCGGGGUUGGGCUUGAUUUCUAAACGCAUGUCCAGUUGA